AUGCCGCUCGCGACACCAAGCCCUUCAAGGAGCCCGCAGCCGAUAGGUCGAUCUUCUGUGUACGCAACGACGGUGUAUUACUACGGAGACUUUGCCGACGCUGACGCAUGCCUCUGGUCCCGAGGCAAGGAUCCCAAGACGAUCGGCGCCUAUCGCGUCCUGAACAAGGAUGACUAUGACGCUGGUAUCCGGGCUCUCUACCAAGGAAAUCAGAUGUAUAAUCGAUAUGGGCUGAUGAUCCGCCUCAAUGAAAUCCGCGUCUCAGACGAUGAGGACAAGGAGGGGACCGAGCUCAUUGAACAACUCUCGAAUUCAAAUGAAGGCCGCUUGCGACUGCCCGGCGAAUCCCUCGACCUGGCCAAACGCGAGUUCACGACAGCGUUUGUGCUAGAAUUCUCCGACGAAAUUAACCAGGCUAUUCAGGAGGCAAGGAGCAAGCUUAGCGUAGCCUGGGACCAAGCCAGGGAUGCUAAUGUCAAUCAGCUUGCCAACCUUUCGGGGUGGUUCCGCGGAAAGACGGAGGAGAAGUACUACCAAACCUGGUAA